AUGUUAGAACCAGAAAUAAAUACAUCAGAUUCUUCAAGAGCAUUAGAAAAUAAAAGAUUAUCUAAAAAUGAAGAGAUACAACAAAAAACACAAGAAAUGACUAAAACAGAAAAUGAAUUUUUAGAUGAAAAUCGAUCUGAUUCUAAUUUAUUAAAUUAUUUGACGGAUUUCAUAGAAGAAAGUUUAAAUAGUAGGUAUAAAAAUGUUGGUUAUGAUUUAUGUGAUUUUUUGUCAUCAAUCACAGCAGAGAACAAUUUGAUGCCACCCAGUUGCACAAGAAGUACACUUAUUACUAAUGUAUGGAAAAACCAAUGUUGUACAUUAGAACAAUGGUAA